AUGUGGCAGCAACAAAUGUUGGUGUUGAGCGGUUUUUGGCUCCUGGCGCAGGCCGAGGGCGGCUUUAAUCGCGGCGCGGCAAACAAUGAGGCGCAGCUUCGAGUGAAUCUCAAUGCCUGGCAGCCAUUGACGGGCGACAACAAUUGGCUAAUACUGCAGGCAACGACAGCAACAGACGUGCAACAACAGCAGAAGCAGCAACAACAACAGGGGCGACUUCCUGUCAAUUACUACGCCUACAAUCAUCGGUAUCAGGCGAGCGAUUCGGCUGCCGCAAACGUUGCUGCCAGCGGAAAUUACAAACAGGUGCGAGCGAAUCUCAAUGAGAGCCCCAGCUACGUGUGGGCCAUAAGCCCCGCGCUGCGUCAGUUGUCGCAGGAUGUGGCGGAAGUGAGAGCGCGCCCCGAGCCGGAAGUGCGCCAAGCUGACAGCUACGCGACUCUCACUAAUGCACCUGAUGAGGCCAACGAGGCCAUUCUGGCAAGGCCCACGCCAACAGCUCUCCAUAUUAACAACUAUUUGGCGGCAUUCGAGCGAGCCGUGCUUAAGGUGCGCAACUUUUGUGACACUGUGCGUGAGAUGAUAAGCAUGGAGGAGGCUGUGCCGGAGGAGGAGCAGGAGCCGCAGAAGCAGCAGACCGACCUAGAUGCCGAGUCCAGCAAAUUAGCAGAAGCAGCAACAACAUCAAAGGAAGUUCAAGGCCGACACAAUCGGCUGACUGAGAGCUAUCAGGGCCGCAAGCUGAAGAAAUUGAAGAAGAAAAUUCAGAAGCUGCUGCUGCCGCUGCUCAUUGCGUACAAACUAAAGUUUCUGACACUGAUACCCGUUCUAAUUGGCGGCCUCGUCCUGCUGGUGGGCACCACCGGGCUGGCUGGCUUCUUCUUUGCCCUGUUUACGGCCGUAAUGAGCCUCAAGUCAUCAACAGGUGGCGGUGGUGGGCAUUCCAGCAAAGCGAUUCUAUUAAAGAAAAUUUAGAGGCCAACAGCGUUUGAUUUAAGAUUUAGUUCCAAUUUCCUCUAAUUAGGGCCCGGCCCUCGCCGCUGGGCCUCAGUUUAA